CAGUUGUGGAUAGAGUUCACCAGAAGACCCUAAGAUGAAGACUCAUGUUAAAGUGAUUUCUUUGGAGGUAUUCCAGGGAGAUCCAGUAGAGGAAUGCAGAAACUCUCAUAGAGCAGAAUGACUGCAGAAAACUCCUCUGUGACAGAGUUUAUCCUCGCAGGCCUAACAGACAGUCCGGGACUCCAGAUCCCCCUCUUCUUUCUGUUUCUAAGUUUCUAUGUGGCUACAGUGGUGGGGAACCUGGGAUUGAUAACCCUAAUAGGGCUGAACUCUCAUUUGCAUAUUCCCAUGUACUUUUUUCUCUUCAACUUGUCCUUCAUUGAUUUUAGUUACUCUACUACUCUUACCCCUAAAAUGCUGAUGAGUUUUGUCUCAAAGAAGAACAUUAUUUCCUAUGCAGGGUGUAUGACUCAGUUUUUUUUCUUCUGUUUCUUUGUCUUUUCUGAAUCGUAUAUUUUAUCAGCAAUGGCAUAUGACCGCUAUGUGGCUAUAUGUAAACCACUGUUGUGCAUGGUUACCAUGUCUCCCCAGGUGUGUUUGCUCCUUUUGUCAGGUGUCUAUGGCAUGGGGAUUUUUGGGGCUGUGACUCAUAUGGGAAACAUAAUGUUUAUGACCUUUUGUGCAGACAACCUUGUCAAUCACUAUAUGUGUGACAUCAUUCCCUUCCUUGAGCAGUCCUGCAACAACUCUUACAUACAUUUACUGGUGGUCUUUAUUGUUGUGACCAUUGGCAUUGGGGUGCCCAUUGUUACCAUUUUUAUCUCUUAUGGUUUUAUUCUUUCUAGCAUUCUCCACAUUAGCUCCACAGAGGGCAGAGCCAAAGCCUUCAGUACUUGCAGUUCCCAUAUAAUUGUGGUAUGUCUUUUCUUUGGGUCAGGUGCUUUUAUGUACCUCAAACCACCUUCCAUUUUACCCUUGGACCAGGGGAAAGUGUCUUCUGUUUUUUAUACUGCUGUGGUGCCCAUGCUCUACCCAUUAAUCUAUAGCCUGAGGAACAAGGAUGUCAAAGUUGCCCUGAAAAAAACCUUAAGCAGAAAAUUGUUCUCUUGA